CACGCCGAUCGACACGGUGGAGGCAGACAAAGAAGGCGGAAUGAUAACAGGCGUUCGUCUCGAAGCAAACGGCGAAUUGUCUAUGUCUGUGUUUGUGACAACGGCCUCUCGUGCCCGCCAAUAGCGUGUUAGAAGCUCGGAUACAAAUCGACGGUGACAGAGUUCCUUAUCUUAACCUCUGCGCAACAACAGUGGCAUAGGAUCACAAUCAUGGCCCAUUCAGAAGGUAGAUCAGCAUUCUUCUACGGCACACUCAUGGCACCACAAGUCCUGCAUCGUGUUUGCCACGGCUCAAGCUCCCCAGAUAAUCCGAUCUUCGCAUCACACAAUCUCAGGACUUACCCGGCAGUUCUGCAUAACCACCGCCGCCACCGUGUUCGACAUGCCGACUAUCCAGCCGUCUUACCUCACUCCGGCUCUACUGUCCGCGGGACAUACGUCAUAGGUCUCACGGACGCCGAUAUGUGGCGGCUGGACAUUUUCGAAGGAAGCGAGUACGAACGCCGGCAUGUCAAGGUCCGCUUAUUGACCCAAGUUGGUGACGAAUGCGGCGAGGGUAAUCUGGAAGGCGACGAAGUCAACGCUGAAACUUACAUCUGGAUCGCGGACGCUUCGGAGCUUGACGAUCGCGAGUGGGACUUCGCGGAGUUCCAACGAGAGAAGAUGAAAUUCUGGGUUGGUGCGGAAAGCGAAGGAGAGUAUGCUGAAGUGGAGGAUGCGGUUGCUGCUUCUGAAGCACAACAGGACGGUACGCGUGGGAGAGGCGCUAACGGCCACAUCACGAACGCGCUGGCAGCGCAGCAGAAGGAGGACGAGGUUGUCAAGAACGCGGUCUGACACUUCGAGGAACGAAUGCAGGCAAUCCAGCGUACCGUGAGUGCAUUGUAAGGUUAGCGUGGCGUUCGACGGUCAGGCAGAUGACAUCGUGGAGGCAUCAAACCCCGUGGUUAGAGAUAGACGGCAGACACCUGUUGCAUAAAAGAUCUUUGCAUUUGCCUGCUGUCCGCGUG